AUGUCUCAUGGUGCGAAUUGGGCUUUGGUCGCGUAUUGGACGUGUUUGCAGCCACGGCUCCUGAUUCUUUCACCGCAGAGUUUCUGUGCACAGGCGUUGGGUCAUGUUGGCCGCGUCAUUGCGACGACUUUCGAGUCACUGGAAGUUCUGAGAGAGAGAUAUUCUGAAAUAGACGAGACUAUUGCUGUGCUGGAGAAGCAUUUCGCCGAAGUUCACCAUGAAGUGGACUGCACGCGGAUUGCAGUCCAUGCAGAGUUCAAAGACUUGGAACGUUCCCUGGGAGCUGUCUACUACAAUUUUCCGCAUGCAGGAGCUGUUGGUGGCUUCUUUGAUGGCCAUCCACUGGUCAACUGGCGCCAUGAGAACCUGAUGCGCCUAUUCUUCAGGGCGUUACGUGCCUAUGUCAAGCCAGGUGGUGUAGUGAAGGUCGCAUCGAACCAGGGAGCGGUGGGCGUCCGGUAUUCCUACAUCAUCUGUUCGGCCGCAGAGAAUGAGUUUCGGCACGUAGAGACCGUACCAUUUCUGCAGUGGAGUCUGCACCGCUACGGCCGGUCCUAUGGAGAUCGUCGUGAUACUUACAGACGGCCAGAUGAGGGGGAGGGUUACAACGUUCAGCGCGCUGAAAAGGACAUGGUGUACACAUUCAAGUAUGAGCCCAGCGGUCGCACGCUGCCUCCACAAGAUAUCCGCUUGCCGCCGACCUUCAAGACAAUUGAGGCAUGUCCAGACGGAGCCUUCGAGGGCAUGAGCGGCGAGUCAAGGAAAAACCUGGCAAAGCAGCUCUACAAACGUGCGGCUGCCAAGGGCACUGCCACGGGUGUGCAGCUUACUUGCCGGUUCAGGAUGCGGACAGGUGGCUCGAACGUGAACAAACUUACCCACAAUUCCGAAGUGCCACAGCUCUGCCUCGACACCUCCACAUGCCAGCAAAGGUUCCUCCGCCACAGCUAUGCCAGAGCCACUGCCUGGGAGCCACGCUGUCGAUACCGUCUCCAGCAGCCCUUGGCCCAGCUAUGUGUGGCAACACCACCGCCAGCCGGACAGGACUUUGCUGGAUGCGGCCAGGGUGCAGCCCCUGGUCCAUGGUAUUGGCCAGAGGAAGUGUCGCUGAGCAUCUUGUCCGAGGUGUCUACUCUGGGUAUCCGUGUGCGCAUGGCGCAGCUGGGAAUGGCCGGUAUGAUGGGUGGGCCAGGCAUGUGCGGUUAUGGUGGCGCAGCGCAGUCGCCAGAGGGCUCCAGAGUUGAGGCCCUGGAGCGCUCGAUCAAGGAAAUGCAGGAGAAGCUCAAGGACUUGCGAGACUCCUUGGACACUGAGCGACAAGAGCGCUCCAAGGUGGAAUUUCGACUCCAAUGUGCUGAGAGGCGUUUGCAAGACGAGGAGUCUCGAACUAAUCGUGCUGAAGCCCGAGUGGCUGCAGUUGAAGCUGCAGCCAUGAAGCAAGAGGCACUGGUAGAAGGACUCCGGCACCAACUGGACAGAUCGCAGCCCACCGACGACACCAGGCUCGUGAGUGCUUUGCAAAAGAACUUGGAGGAGCAGUUGGCACCACUUCGCCGAGGGCUGGAGCAGAAAUCGUCUGAAGAGAUGCGGCUGCUCACCAAGGUCGUGGAACAGGCCCGAGACGCCGACUCCAACACAGCCUUAAAGCAGCGGCUGGAGGCGCUGGAGGUCAGACUUGACAGGAUGGGCCUCGACAUGCCCGUCAUGACCAUAAGGCCUCCUCCAGAGCGCACAUCAUACUUCCAAGCGUUGCAAGUGCAACAAAGUGGACGGCGCUUGGCAAACGGAUGUGAGGAGCUGCUUUCGCAACAAGUCUCUGAGAUGUCAGCAUUCACAGAAUUCGAGUUAUCUCGACGUCGCCGUUUGUGGCGUAGCACAGAAACGUCUUUGUUAUGGUCAGCAGGUAGGACAUGUCCAAGGCAAACAGGGGGUUUCAGUUCCAAUGACAAGCAUGUGAAUGUAUUACGUGCGGUUGAUGCUAAGUUGAUCUUCGAGAGCACAAGCACGUAA